AUGACAGUGCAUAGUAAUGAAAGUGGUGUGUGUUUAGUAAUGAAUGCCGUUUCAACUCGACCAAGUGCAUCGCCCACCUCCACACAAACACCUUUGCAUCAGAGCCUACAGACCCAACCUACAAAUUUAAGCACCAACAGUCAUACGCAUAGCACACAACAGCAACAGCAACAAACUUCACUUUCAUUAAACGCCACUGCAGUUGCCGCCGCCGCCGCUGCAGCAGCUGCUGCUGCCGUUGUAGCCGCCGUGCCGUCUUCAACCGCCUCCCUAACCACGCCCUCUGUUGCCAACGCAAUGGCUGUAACAUCAACUGUACCGCCGGGCGCGCGUUCCGUUUCUCCCGCCACUCCCUACAGUUCAUCAUCGUCCGCCUUGACAUCUAGCGGUCCCGGUUCAGCGGCCGGUGGUCCACCACCCACAUCAGUAUUACCUGGCCCUUUGGCACCGGGUUCAACGGGUGCUCCACCGCCGCCUCCCACACCCGGUGCACCGGGUGCUCCUUCAUCGGGUAAUCGUUGCUGUGAUACGGGUCGUACAAUAUAUACAGAUCCUGUUAGUGGUCAAACAUUAUGCUCCUGCCAAUACGAUAUGUUAAGUUAUCAAAGACUAGCGGCCGCCGGUGGUCUAGUAGCGGGACCUGGUGGUGUGCCUUUGGGCGUCUAUCCCGAGGGUAUGUCAGCGUAUUUGUCGGGUAUGGGUGCUGAACAGCCGCAAUUUUAUGCAAAUCCGGGUGGUCUGGAUUUAAAAGAAAAUCUUGUUGCUGGUGGUGCUCCUUGGCCUUAUCCCUCUGUAUAUCAUCCCUAUGAUGCUGCCUUUGGUUAUCCCUUUAAUAGUUAUGGCAUGGAUUUAAAUGGUGCCCGCCGUAAAAAUGCCACCCGUGAAACAACCUCAACGCUGAAAGCCUGGUUAAAUGAGCAUAAAAAGAAUCCCUAUCCCACAAAAGGAGAGAAAAUCAUGUUGGCGAUUAUAACGAAAAUGACUUUGACACAAGUGUCGACGUGGUUUGCCAAUGCUCGCAGAAGACUGAAGAAAGAAAAUAAAAUGACUUGGGAGCCACGAAAUCGGGUAGAUGAUGAUGAUUGUAAUCUAGAUGAUGAUGAUCAUAAGAGUACAGAUGAUAAUGAUGUAUUAGAUGCCAAAGAUUCUGGUUUGGGUUCUAAUGAAGACAAAGAUCAUCGCAUGCCUGGUGAGGGUAACAGUGAAUGGUCUGGCUCUCGUCCUGGCUCACCCAAUGGUUCUCCCGAUCUUUACGAUCGUCCCGGCAUGAUGCCCGGUGGCGGUCAUCCUUUGUUUCAUCCCGCCGCCUUGCAUCACUUUAGACCACCAGCAGGUUCACCACCCGACAUUGCCGCCUACCACCAUCACCAACAGCAGCUGUUGCAGCAACAUCAUCAGGCCCAACAGAAUCAAUUGCAUGCGGCCGGCGCUGCCAGCACCACAGCUAGUCUAGCGGCGAAACCACGCAUUUGGUCUUUGGCGGAUAUGGCCUCGAAAGAUGCCAACAAAGAGGGUAAUAAAGACAGUCCUCCCGGUAGUGAUUUGCCACCCACACAUCCUGCUUUCUAUGGUCAUCCGGGUCAACAUCCUAGUCCGGGUAAGAUUUUAUCACCCUUGGCCGCCAGAAUACCAAAUUAUUCGCCCUAUGUUAGGCCUGAUUUGUAUAGAGGCUUUUAUGGACCAGCUGCAGCGGCAGCGGCUCAUUUGGGUGCCCCCUCACAGGAAUUUCUAGAACACCAAAGAACUUUUGGCGCUAGUUUAGCGGCUCACAAUGGCCUGGGCAUGAAUCCUUUGCUAUGGAAAGCAGCCGUUACCGGAGCCGCAGCAGGAGCACCACAUUUUAACCCGCUUAGUUUAACCACUGGUCAACAGCAUCAUCAAGCCCAUCAAGUCCCGCCUUCAGGAGCCUCACCCUCCGGUUCUAGCACCACCUCAUCCAUGGGCUGUGAUGUGGUACAGACCUCACCCUCCGCACAGCCUAGUUUGCAUCAUAGUUUAGGACCCAUUUCGCACAAUUCCAAUUCGUCUUCGUCCUCAUCGAACUCUGGCAAAUUAUCGCCCGGCAAGCCAUGACAAUCGCGCCUAGAUACGCCUCCACCCACACAACAAACCCAACAACCAAUACAUCAUAAUCAAGAACAAAACAAUAAACCAAAUAAUGUCAACACAACUUCGCCGCUCUCAGCGUUUCGUUCUCUGAUCGCUUUCAGAGAGCAACAUUUGCAGCAACAAACACCUAAGCUUUCUCUCAGACCUUAAAUUUUGCUAAAAUUUUAAGAAAUUAAACAGGAAAAAUUAUAGUAAAAACAUUAUAUAAAAAAAAAUUAUUAAUUAAAACAACAAUUUUGGACAAUAAUUAAAAAUGUGAUGUGAAAAGAAAUUUUAGGAAAAAAAACCCAA